AUGAGUGACAACCUGCAAACGGAGCUUGGAGUGAUGUUAUCGCUACAGUUGACGGCACAAUUGAGUGCAAGUUUGUCGCCACAAUUGAGUGAAAAUUUGGCGUCGACGCUCGGCAGCCAUUGUGCGAACGGGCAACCUGUCCCACGGACACACACACCAACAAAAACAGUGGGCUAUUCUCCGCCUGGGCUAGGUUAUGUUCAUCCGCCAGGGGAGCCGACACACAGCUUGGAGGUUUCUGCACCAUCGCCCGUGUCAUAUGAAGUGGCGACGGCGAGAAUACCUGGAUGGACGCCACGUAGAUUGCCUGAUCUUCCCGAUUUCGAGAGUCAGCCAGAGGAAUGGCCAAUAUUCCUGUGCGCGUUCACGGAGACAACGGCAGCCUACCAGUGUUCACAACUGGAAAACAACCAGCGGCUAGUGAAAGCCCUGAAAGGCGACCCCCGCGAGACACCAAUUCAAGAGGCCACCAUCGCAAGGAUCGUGCCGUUCGCGACGAAGGUGAGCAACCUGGCAGCGUUCCUGCAGUCAACCACGAUCGGCAGCCAGCACCUAGGGAACCCAACCCUUAUGGAGGAGCUGAUCGCCAAGUUACCGCUGAGCAAGAGGUUGGACUGGGCGAAACACGCGGUCACGAUACAACCGUAUUCGACAGUAGUGCAUCUGAGCGAAUGGCUUCAUGAAUUCGCAAGACUAGUGUGCACUAUCACGGACGUUGGAGCCAAGGAGCAACCGAAGCGAAGGAUCCUGCACGCGAAUAGUGUUCGCGAGGAGGAGCGGUAUGCCGACCGCCCCAGAUUUUGCCCUAUAUGCGAGGGCCAACACCAGAUCAGGGACUGCAAAGAAUUCAACGGCGUUUCUACGACGACGCGGAUGGAGUCUGCGAGGAAGUUGAGGCUAUGCUUCUCGUGUCUGGAUCCCGGAAACAUGUCUCGGUUCUGCAGGAAGAGCCGCGGAUGCAACGUUUACGGAUGCCAAAUCAGGCAUCACUACCUUCUCCACGAGUCACCUGGACAUCCUAGACGGCCGUACGUCGCAGAGGAGCAGUCAGGACCGACGGCUAUUCAGAGACAGCAGCAAACGGAGUGGAAUUCCACGACCAGUGGAUUCCAACGAGAGGAGCCGUCCCACAAUACGCAUGUCGACACCUAUGCAUUGCUGGAUGAAGGAUCGUCUGUCACGCACAUCGACGACGAACUCAUCCGCAACCUGAACCUGAAAGUCGAGAGUCGCCAACUGAACGUGCAAUGGUUUGGUGGGAAAUCUGCCAAAGAGCACACGAAAGUGGUCAACCUGCAGAUCAGUGCAGCGGGCAAGCCAAAGCGCCAUGAGCUGAAGAACGUGUACGGAGUAGCCAAUUUGAACCUUCCGAUGCAGAGCCUGCGUUGGGAUGAUGUACAGGCAGUGAAGGCGAAUGCGCGCCUGCCUGUGAAGCCGUACAACAAUGCCAGCCACCGCACUUGCCCCGUGCCCCAGGAUUAUCUUCUGGAGAAGAUGGUCAGCGAUUAUUUCGAGAUCGAGAAUUUCGGAGUAAAGCCGGCACAGCCAGUCGCAGCUGGCGGAGUGGAGCUGGCGCCGUCAGUCACACAUGGCGGCGACGCACGGGCCAUGAGAAUCCUGGAGGAGACGACUAAGCGAGUAGGUCGACGAUAUGAAACCGGGCUGUUAUGGAGAGACGACGAGGUGAGCCUGCCGGAGAGCUACAAGAGACUCGUCAACAUCGAAAAAAAAAUGAGGCGCGACGUGGACUUCGCGCGGGCCUAUAAGGGAUUAAUUGAUGAUUACGUCAAGAAGGGGUAUGCACGACGACUGAAGCCCCAGGAAGUCCAGAGGUUCCAGGAAGGCAAGUUAUGGUACCUGCCGCAUUUCGGGGUGGAAAUCCCGAACAAACCUGAAAAAAACCGGCUGGUCUUCGACGCGGCUGCCAAGGUGAACAGCGUGUCCCUCAAUUCAGCGCUACUGAAAGGCCCACAGCGCUACAAGCCACUCCCAGCAGUGCUCUUCCAUUUUCGGGAAGGAACAGUUGGGGUUUGUGCAGACAUCAAGGAGAUGUUUCAUCAGGUACUGAUGCAGCCACAGGAUACAGGUUCCCAGAGGUUCCUGUGGAGAAACGGUGAUGACCAGCGGGAGCCGGACGUAUACGAGAUGCAAGUGAUGACGUUCGGAGCAGCUUGCUCACCAUGUUCAGCGGACUAUGUGAAGACCGUGAAUGCCUCGCAGUACAGCAGCACGAACCCGCGAGCAGCCCUGGCCAUCAAGGAAUACCACUACGUGGACGACUACGUCGACAGUUUCACCAGUGAAGAAGAAUAUAUCGCCGUUUCAACACGGGUGAGAGAAAUUCAUGCAGAUGCAGGAUUUCACUUUUGUCGAUUUACUUCCAGUUCGGCAAGUGUGGUCAAAGCGUUGAACCCACUUGAAUCCAUCGCUAGCGUCAGACGGACCGAAGCUGAGGAGAAGGUACUAGAAAUGUACUGGCAGCCGGCUACAGAUGACUUCAAGUUUGGCAUCAAAUAUCAUCGAGUCCCGAGAAUCGUGAACACAGGGGAACGCGUCCCUACCAAGAGGGAGUUCCUUCGCUUGGUCAUGUCCACGUUUGACUCGAUUGGAUUCCUGAACUGCUACAUGGUGACUGCCAAAUUGUUAAUGAGAGAGAUUUGGCGGAAAGGAGUCAACUGGGACGAGCCGCUACCAGAUGAUUUGGCCGCAGCCUUUGAGGAUUGGGGGUAA